GGUGUAUUUCUUUGCCGUCCUGUUUUGUACCGUGUUAGCUAUGUGGUCUUGGACAAUUACCCUGUUUGGGUCUGUAGACUUCUUAAUGAAUGUAAAGGGUUAAUUUUAAGCAACAAGGCCUUUUCCAUAGAAAUGUGGGCCUGAGUGAGUGGAGGACGCCCAGAAAGAGACAGGAGCGUCAGCAGCAGAAACUCCAGCACAGCCUCGGGCUGCUGGAUGAAGUCUGGGCAAAAUGGCGACCGCCGGUCCCGCUGACUCGGGCUCGACUGCCCCGCCAGACCUGAGGACUCCCUUCUGGAGGAUGCUGGCCAUUCAGAGAAGAUCUAGUGGAAGUCGAAAAAUGGCCUCACCAGAGGGUCCAGGGUCAUCUCAGAGUAUGAAGAAGACCAUUGGACACCGGGGUGUUGACCCUACAGGAGAGACCACCUACAAAAAGACAACCUCGUCUGCACUGAAAGGUGCGAUCCAGCUGGGUAUCACCCAUACAGUGGGGAGCCUGAGCCAGAAGGCUGAGAGAGAUGUCCUAAUGCAGGACUUCUAUGUGGUGGAGAGUAUCUUCUUCCCGAGUGAAGGCAGUAAUUUGACUCCUGCACAUCACCAUGGUGACUUCAGGUUUAAGACUUACGCCCCCAUCGCCUUCCGUUACUUCAGAGAACUCUUUGGCAUUCGACCUGAUGACUAUCUGUACUCCCUGUGUAAUGAUCCCCUGAUAGAACUGUCUAACCCCGGAGCGAGUGGUUCUAUCUUCUACGUUUCCAGUGAUGACGAAUUCAUCAUCAAAACAGUCCAGCACAAAGAGGCUGAGUUCUUACAGAAACUACUGCCAGGAUACUUCAUGAACCUGAACCAGAACAAACGAACUCUGCUGCCCAAGUUCUAUGGGCUGUACUGCGUUCAGGCCGGGGGGAAGAACAUCCGCAUUGUGGUGAUGAACAACCUGCUGCCGCGCUCUGUCCCUAUGCAUCUCAAAUAUGACCUGAAGGGCUCCACAUACAAGCGCCGGGCCUCGCCUAAAGAGAGAGAGAAAGAUGUACCCACACAUAAAGAUCUGGACUUUAUGCAGGACAUGCCUGAGGGCAUUCAGCUAGAGCCAGACAACUACAAUGCCCUCAGCAAGACAAUUCAGCGAGACUGCCUGCUGUUGCAGAGCUUUAAGAUUAUGGACUACAGUUUGCUGGUUGGAAUCCAUAAUGUGGAUCAGGCAUGUCGUGAGCGUGUGGGGGCAGGGGACAGCAGAGGGGCAGAGGGCACAGUAACACCUGACCAGCGGAGGCCACAGGCCCAAAAAGCACUCUACAGCACUGCCAUGGAGUCCAUCCAGGGAGAAGCACGUGGGAGGGGUGCAUUGGACAGCGAGGACCAAUGGGGAGGCAUCCCAGCCCGGAACAGUAAAGGCGAGAGGCUGCUGCUUUACAUUGGCAUUAUCGAUAUUCUGCAGUCAUACAGAUUCAUCAAGAAGUUGGAGCAUUCCUGGAAGGCACUUGUUCAUGAUGGGGAUACAGUGUCUGUCCACAGACCAGGUUUCUACGCUGAGCGAUUCCAACGCUUCAUGUGCAACACAGUGUUUAGGAAAGCAUUGAAGUCAUCCCCAUCGAAGAAGAGUCGGGGAGGCUGUGGUCAGAGUGUCGUCAGGAGGCUUGCCAUGGGCAACGCUCCUCCAGCAGCCCAAUCGAGCAGCCACAUGCUCCCGGACUCUCGCCUUGUCUAUCGACCGCACCUUAUCCAGCCUGAUGUAGACACGGAGAGCGGCAUGCAGUCAGGCAGACCUGAUUUGCUUCCUAGGACCCCUCCCUUGGCUGAAACCUCCAGUGAAUUUGCAACAACUAAUUCUUCACUGCCCCCACUCAGGUCAGUAGGGGUGGAAGUGCACAAAUCUGCAAGCACAGAACCUGACAAUGGCGCCCCCCACUGUUUGGGAGCUGAAGCUUUGGAUGAACAGUUGGGUAAUGAAGAUGCCAUUUCUCUCAAAGACAUCAUUCCAGAGACCAACAUUUGUUUUUAAAAGAAAAGUAAGCCCGAAGACAUGAUGCAUGGAAAGGAGGGAAAAGAAAAUGGGGAAGAAGAGCCUCAGAUCAGUUGAACGAUAUGCCCUAUCGUCCUGUGGGAGAAUACUGGAAGGAAGCCCAAACCUUUGAAGUGACUCCACAGUGGUUAAGAAGAGAAGUAGAGAAGAAGAUACAGUGUGCGAGAGAGACUCUCUUCUCUCCAGCACAGGGUAUGCUGCUAUAACUCCAGCUGUUAACUACAAACUUCCUUCUUGGAGCUUCAGUCACCUUUCUCAGUCAGAUGCUUCACCUAGCUCUUAAACACACUCAUACUUCAUGCCAAUCCAGUAUACAAACACACUUACAUACAGCCCUUACAUGCACAGAGAAAGCAGUCUGGUGAAAGCGUAUUUGACAUUUCUAUAAUACUAAAAUAUGAGUUAUGUUCUGUUUUCUGAUAUUUUGAUUUAAGGUUUUGUUGUACAUUUUUAUUAAUAUUUGACACAGUGGUGAUGCUGGGUGUUAGAGAUUCUUUCAAAUCAGAGACUUCGUUAAAUUCAGUCCUCUGAUGGAUUUGUUACUUAAAACCUAUAACCUAGCAGAUGAUAUGAAAAGCCAGUAUCUAUAGGUUGGAGAAGUGUGUUCAGGUGUGCUAGAUGAAGAGUACACAAUAAGUAGUUUGGUCCCUCUCUAAACUACACUGUUUUGGCUGAGACUGUUGACACUUUAUACUGCAGUGUUACAUAAUUAUAGGUAGAACAGCCCAAGAGUGCAGAAUUACUUUAUACUUCUGCAUGUGCAGAUGCUACAUGUCACUAACAGAAUUUCAGUUUUAGACACCCUAUCAUGUUUAAGACACGUUAAGCUUGGUGAUGGUCUUUACUCAUUUUUAUAUUUAAGAGUGAGUUCAAUUUUGGAUUUGCUUUUCUGGCCUCCCCUCUGUUGAGAUCUGUGCCCUGUGAAAAUGUUGGUGUGUGAUGAGAUGAGAAUAGAAAAAUGAACACAAACCCAAUCUUCCAGUUACCAAAAUGGUAAUUUGACAUACUCUAUAUUUGAAUGUUCACAAUUUCAUAAGCCUUUUGUAAGAAGUACUUUUUUUCUCCUUUUAGAAAGC